AUGGACGCGACGCUGCAGUGCUAUCUCACGGUGCUGAUGGUCGAACUCAACACCAGGCCGAGUCAACCACCUUUCUACUCUCUAUUCUUCUACUUAUUCUAUACAGAAUAUAACCUUCUCCUACUCUGCUUCUCCAAGACUUCCCUAUCAUCUCCCAAGGAACCGGGCCUGGAAGAUCACAGUCAGUUUGAGAUUGUCCGCAAAGAGUACUUUGUCAGAUUUAACUUCUCGCACGAUUUCAUUAACGUAGAUGGUGAAAAGGAGCGGCCCAAGAACUGA